CAGAGAGAAAGGGUGAUUGGCCAAGCUACACGAGAGGGUGAGAAAGAAGUGCGAAUUAAGACGCCGACUACCAUCUUCAUGCAUGAAAGUGCAUUUUUGGUGCCCAAAUCCCAGUCUCGUGAGUGCUUCACCCCAGCUCAGAGCCAUCUUCCCAUCGACUUUGAUGGUCCACCUUCCUCGUUCCGCUCCUCACGUAGCCAAAGCAGCACCCAGAAGCUGUGUCCGGCCGAGUUCCUAUGCUUCCCCGCCUAAUGGUUGGGAUACCCAUGAUGAAUGUCCCAAUCAUUCCUCGGAAGUUUGGCACUUCAAGAUGCGUCCUGUAGGCCUGGACAGCGGAAGCUAGGCGUUGCUUUUCCGCUUAUGCUUCGUCCGGAUUCCAGCCCAGUCAUUCGCAAUCGAAAAUACCCUCUUUUCGCGGUGAAAUCAAGGGCUGCCCGUGUAAAAUGGUCUCGAGAUUGUCUGAUGGGAGAGGGAGAAUGACACUGGCUUUGACGUUAUGGGAGGGAAAGAAGGGGGUGAGGGGGCUCGUCCCAUAGGUCUGCGAUUCAAAACCCCGCCAAUCCUUACCCUCUGUUGAAUCUGGAUACCCACACUCACAGAACUAUCCCAUAGUGAGGGAUGCAGACUGAGCUUUUGCUUCUGGCGGACUGUUCGGAGCCUCCUACCCACCCCCGCUGGAU